AAAUAAAACACAGAGACUUGGCAACAGACUGAGCUAUCCUAUUUGAGGAAUUGUUUGGUUCAAGGUUGUUGGUGUGAGCCUGAUUGUUUAAUUUGUUGGGGUUUUAAUUGGAUUGAAAUUUCACUGGAGGUAUUGGUAUUGUUACUACUUGGCACUUAUUGAUGGGCUUUUUGAUUCUUCUGAGUUUGGCAAGUUCUGUAGUGUGAAAGUGGUACACAAAUAGAAGGGUUAAAUAGUUUAAAAUAGUUUAAGUAAUAUAUCUGAACAAGUAGUUUUUAAUUAGAAGGAGUAUAAGGGGGCUGUUACAAUGUCAAAACAGGUUACUCAAGUUUCAAAGGUAAUUACUCCUGUUGAUGUGCUACAGAAAAACAAUCCUUUAAUUAAAGGCAUAACAAAGGUAUCAGAGAAAUGGUAUAAGUGUUGACCUGAUAUUGACCAACCUUGACCAGUAGAGGGGACAAUUAAUUUAGAUGUAAUUAAAACAAUGCAGGUGCUUGUGUCUACAUACAAGGCAGAUUAAAAGAAGGGUAAAAAAGGGGAGAAGCGUAAAGAAAAGAGACAGGAAGAGCUUGGUAUGCUACAGCUGUUUGAGCAUGAGGGACAGAAGCGGAUGAAAGCUGCGCAGGAGAAGAGAAAGGGAGGUGAAGAAGAAAUAGGGCAAAAUACAAGAGAGACAGAUAAAUUAAUGGCAGAAGUUAAUACACCUUUUUCACAUGUGGACUCUGUAAAGAAGCCUCCACCUUAUGAGAAGGAAGUGAAGUUUGAGGAUAUCUAUCCCCAGCUUCCAGUGAUCAGUCAAGAGGGCAACUAUCAUAUUAGAGAUGUGGAUGAUCGAACAAUAGAAACAGGACGAGCAGAAACAACUAUAAAGAUGUAUCCAACCUCCAAAAGCAAGAAAAAACAGACGUUUUGAGACAAAGGGUAACUUGAGAAUCAUGAGGAUGGAAUCUGGAGAUGAGGGUGAUCAGAGUGACUGUGAGAUCAAAGGUGGAUAUGACCCAGCAGUGAGGCGGAUACUGGCUAGAGCGGAAAAAAGAGGAGACAAGACUUGGAGGAAAGAGGAUUCAGGAGAUGACAGCUCUGAUGAAAGUGAGAAUGGAGACAGUGAUGAGGAUCCAGAAAGUGAGGGAUUUUCGUCAAGAGCAUUUUUUCCAGCAAUAUCCAGUACCAGAAUGGAGGAGGACAGACAGAGAGCCGUAAAAGAGGUUGAAAGAAGUAUAGAGCAAUGCCUGUCUUAUUUGGACAAAUCUACUGGAUUUGAAAGCCGAAGAGCACUGGAGAAUCAAUUAGAAGGACUGCAGAUGCAGAAGAAAAAGUUGCAAAAAGAAGGCUCUAAAAAAUUUGAUAUGAAAUAUGUGCUGCGCUCCAGAAAAGGGAAGAAACCUGAGAAGAUGUGUCCAGUGGUCAUUCGGGGACAGAGUUUGGAGUAUAAGCCUUGGCAAAAUACAGAUAUGUCAGAUAUUCUUGAGAAGCUGGCAACUCUUCAGAAUGGAGCAUAUCCUUGGAUUUCGAAGCUGGAGGAGAUUAUGGUGGGGACACAGCCUGCCAUAUUAAGAGACUUUUAGCUAAUCUCCUAGGUGUUCCAGCUAUGGAAGAAAUUUUACAGAAAGCUGGACUUGAUCGAUAUGUGGGGACUGCUGUGAAUGAUCCAGAAUUGUUCUCUGCGAUUAGAGGUCGGAUGUGGAGAGCGCUGAGGGAAACGUUUCCAACCAACGUGCAUCCCGAUAAUAUCUUUAUUGAGCCAUUGGGACAGGAAGAAAACCUGAGAGCGUAUGUGACAAGAGCUCAUCAUGUGUGGAGAAAUGUUACAGGAAAUGAUCCAGAUUUGAAUCAAAUGGAACAGUCAAUUCUGAGAGCUAAGAUAUACGGAUAUACGGAUCAUAUUGCACAUCAAGUGGAACUGUAUAGGAAAAAGGAACAGGAGAAAAAAGAACAGGACCAAGAGACUUUGAGGAAACUCACUCAAGUUCAAUUAACAGACAGUAAGAAGAAGGAGAAGAAUCAAGCGGUAGUGAUGCAGAGUCAAUUUUCAAGAAACCAAAUGGCAUCACAGCCACAGCCAAAUCAGGGCCAGCCACAAGUGUUUCAACCAUCGUCAGUAGUUCCAGUUGUUCCCAAUUCACAGCCAGUCUUUGGUAAACAGACCUGGAGAGGAAGAGGUCGAGGAAUCUUAGGAAGAGGAAGAGCCGAGGGUUUAAGAAGACAGAUGGAUCUCCCAUACAGCAUCAUGCUCAAAUAGUGACGUUGUUGCAGGCUAUGAUGAGGCCUAAAGAAAUAGCAAUAGCAAAAUGUGCAGCACAUCAAGCAGAUAUGUCAAAGGUUACACGAGGGAAUAAAGCAGCUGAUGAAGCAGCAAAAGCAGUUACAGGAGCGGAUAAAUUGGGUAAGGUUUUCUUGGUUACUCAUGAAGUGGUUUUGGAAGAUAAGAUUACACUUAAGGAUGUGCAGCUAAUGCAGGAAGCGGCUUCCGCAGUAGAUAAACAGUUGUGGGUAGAGAGAGGUGCCACACAAGAUUCUACUGGUCUUUGGAGAAAUCAUGAGGGGUUGAUAGUAGCACCCUCAGAUUUGUUAGGUUUGAUGAUUCAUGAAGCACAUGGUUUAGCUCAUGUGGCUAGAGGUGAAAUGAGGAGAAAAAUCACAAAGGAGUAUGGAUUUUGGGCUCCAUGCUUAUUAGAGCAGAUUGACUAUGUUAUAGGCAGGUGUAUUAUCUGUCUAAAGAAUAAUGUUCCGAGAGGAAUAGUGGUUCCUCCUGGUCAUAUUCCAACUCUGAGGGGUUCUAUGCGUGAGUUAGUUGUGGACUUUGUUGAUAUGAUAAAACCAAUUGAAGGUAAGAGAUAUUUAUUGGUAGUAGUUGAUCAUUUUUUGGCAUUGGCCUGAGACAUGUCCAACCAAACGAAAAGACACUCAGUCGGUGGCUAAGUUUCUGUGUAGGGAAGUCAUAAGUAGAUGGGGACUUCCAGAUCGAAUAUCUUCGGAUAAUGGACGAGAGUUUGUGGAUAAGACAAUGAAACUGAUUUUGCAAAAAUUAGGAAUCAAGCAGCGGUUUGGUGCAGUCUAUCAUCCGCAAAGGCAGGGAAUUUGUGAAAGAAUGAAUGGAGUUCUGAAAAACCGUAUUAUUAAGAUCUGUCAGCAUACGGGAUUGAAUUGGGUAGCGGCGCUUCCGUUGGCGCUAAUGGUAUGCCGAUCAAGUGAGUUGCGUGAUUUGCAUAUGACACCACAUGAGUUGCUUACGGGAAGGCGGAUGCCAAUGUCUUGUUUACGUACAAGUGGGAAAGGUCCAAGCUUAUCUCUUUUAGAAGAUGAGAUGCGAGCAUAUGUCACAUAUAUGGAGACCUUGCAUAAAAAAAUAUCUGCGUAUGUUUCUGAUAGGCAAAAGAAAGAGGAGGUGCAGGAGAGACUUGAUGAGCAAAAGAGGGACACAAUACAACCGGGGGACAAGGUGUUCGUGAAGGUGUUUAGAAGGAAGUGGUAUAAUGAACGACGUGAAGGACCGUUUGAAGUUGUUCGCAGUACAGGAACCGCAGUCCAGGUUAAAGGGUCUCCAACGUGGUAUCAUUUCUCACAUUGUGUUAAAGCACCAAGCGAUGAGUUGCCAUGUUCGCAGAGUCAUGAUAAGGGUUCAAGACAGUCAGAAGAGAAUGCAGAACGAAGAGAAGAAAUCAAAAUGCAUAAAGAUUUCCAGAGUCAAUUUCAGAAGGUGAGAUUGUCCAUGGGGUGGAAGAUGUUGAUAAUGUUGUGUACAUUUCUGAUGAUGCCAGAAGAGACUCUGCAGUUAAUGGACAGGAAAGAAGGUUUGGUGACAUUGACUUCCAAUAUGUCCCAGAAACAGCAGAACAUAUUUCAAUGGAGUGUGAAGCGUCAAAGGCCACAAAUGGCAGUAACUCAGCUGCAGGAGCAUUUGGGGGUUCAGUUAGAAGGAGGAGUCCAAGGCCAGUUCGGAAAAGAGUUAGACCCAAACGGUACGAGAAUUGACUGAGAAAGGAUUUUAGAUCAUUUAACUCUGCUAGAUGAAUCAUAUUCAACUACAGCAGCUUCUCAGAUAAUUUUGACAACACCAGAUCCUUUAAAGACAGUAGUUAGAGCUAAAAUAGGAAGAGGGGUUUAUCUUCCCUGUUGAUGUGAGAGAUUUAAUGUUGGUGGUAAUAACCCUCCUCGGUGGAGAAAUAGUCGUGGUGAAGAUGUGCUGUUAGAGGGACCUGAAGUUGAUGCAGUUCCUCAUAAUAAGAGGAAGUAUCUUUUAUAUAAUGCUAUGAGGUGGUUCAAAGUUAAGAAUGAUUGUUCGCUUUUUGUGCGUAAUGUCACAUGGGAAGAUCAGGGAGAAUAUACAUGUACUUAUUUCAAGCCACAUUUUAAGUUUGUGCCAUUUAGUAAUGGGAAGGCUACAUAACUCGUGAGGUUGUAGUUGUGUUAAAAGAUGUGAGUCCUACUGGAGCACUUACAGCUGUGAAGAGUGUUCAGGGGGAAUUACUUACAGCAACCACUCCAAGGGUGGAUAAUACACAGAUGAGGGUUACUACUUUAGCUCCGGAAAUAACUAAGAGUGUUAAUACAUCAAUACAGGCUACUACUUUAGAUAUGUCUCUGAAGGGGUUGAAUGUUACUACAGCAAUGGUGACAGCCUCUACUAUUGUCACUUCAGGAAACAUUACAAGUGAAGUUAGGACAAGGCUAAUUUUGGCUAAGGAAACAGAGACAACAUCUUUGUUGCCUAUGAACUCUGUAAAUGUGACACAGACAUUUGAUAUGACAUCAUUAAAAUUUAAAGAGGGGGUAAAUGUAACUCAGAAGUCUAUGCUAAAGUUAGAGUCUAGUGUGAAGACUAGUAAUGAGACUUUUGAAAUUAGAGAACCAAUGGUGGAUGAUGAGUUUUUUUAUUCUGAUUGGAUAUCAGAAGAUAUGAUUGACCAUUAUCAUACAUUACAGAAGAGAGAAGCUAAGUGGAAAGCAUAUGGAUUUGAUUCCUCAGCAAUGAAAAUAGCAGACUCAUUUGCGGGGAGAAAUUUAUGGUUUCAGCAGUUGACUCAUUCUGUGAGAUCAGUGAGUAAAGUGGAUGGUCCAUGUGUAGUGAAGAUUCCAGCACCAGGUUCAUGGUCUUUAAUUUUAGAAGCGGUGCUUUAGCUAUCAAAUGUCAAUAUUAUGUAGUAUCGUGGUUGUUAUACCAUCAACACUCGCCACAUAAUAGAUGGAUGGCUAUAUCAUCGAAUUUGUUUAGACCUCAGUUAGAAUGUGCUUGGUUAAGUAACUUGCCAUACAUAAAUUUACGUGAUCAGCAUGAGGAUGUGACGACGGCGAUUCCUGAUGCAAUAGAGGUGAAACCAGUGCAGGCUGACAAGUGUUUUUGCUCAAAUAAUACUCAUGGAGGUCCAGGGGUGUUUAUGGGAAUAUCAGAGUGUAAGACUUAUAUGAUGACUUUGGGUGAUCGUACAGAGUAUCCUUGGGAAAACUUAUAUGAAGUGGUUUUUCAUUUACCAAAGCGAAAGUCGAGUGUAACUUUAAUGGUAAGGAGUCAUAUUUCACCAGGAAAUGUAACUAUUGGGAAUUUUAAGGAUAUUUGGUGGGUUUGUGGUGAUAAAGCUUAUAUAUUUUUGCCAUAUGGAUGGACAGGUUGUUGUUAUAUGGCAACGUUAAAGCUAAAGUUUUUACUGUAGGGAUAGCACAAGCUCCACGUGAGAACUCAUCAAGUGGUCGUUUGGGAAAUAGGAGGAAAAGAGAGAUGGCAAAAUUUCAUAACUUGGAGGCCUAUCAUUGGAGAAUAAGUCUUGGAGAGAAGUGGGGAAUUGGAAUAUUUCCAUGGUAUGGUGUGACGUUUUUGGCUGAUCAUAUUGAUAAUAUUACUUAUACAUUACAAGGUUUUGCAAAUGAGACAAUAAAAGGUUUUGAAUAUUUGUCCAAUGCUCAAAAGACUCAUAGGUUGACAUUGUUAAAACAUGAUAUGGCGCUUGAUUACAUUUUAGCUAAACAAGGAGGUCUUUGUGUGGCUUUGAAUUUGACAGGAGACGAUUGUUAUACUUUACUUCCUGAUAGCACUGAUAACGUAACUAAUGUUAUAGAUGCAUUGAAACAUAUAAGAGAUGCAUUUGGUCCUUCUGAGGGAGCUAGAUGGUCAGCUAAUGCUUGGUUGCUAGAGAAGUUGGGUCCGUUGGGGUCAGCUAUAGUUCAGGUUUUGAUAGCAGUGGUUAUAUCAUUGUGUGCAAUGUUUUUGUUUUUGUACGCUGAUAUUGACCUGUGCGAAAGCUAUGAUAUUGAGAUGGGUAGGAGUUGUGAUGCCAGGGGAAAAUGGUCAGUUGUCAGUCUUACAGAUGACUGAUAUAGAAGAGGAAGAAGUGAUAACACCUAAAUUGAUGGAUAAAUAUCCAAUUUGAUUAUUGAGUUUACUAUAAUCUUGACAUUUAUUAUUGUCUUUUGUCAUUAUGUAAUGGGAUAAUUAAUUUCCAUUUAUUUGAUUUAUAUUAACUAAUGUAUUAAUCAAUAUAUUACUGUAUGUCUGUGGUUUUGCAAAAAAGAUACUGGCUGGUGCUUUCUUUCUUUCCUCUAGUAUGAGAAAAAGGGGAGAAAGGCUACUGGGAAUGCUGAAGGAACUUGUCCUGACAGAGAAAUAAAAUGGACUGGAGGAUGUUCCUAUUCACGACAUCAUUGACACCACGAUGCUGUGAUGGACUGUCCAGAGUCAAGGAGGAGCUUCACUGAAAAGUUUGACCUAAGUAACUCGGAUAUUGAUGUGCCCUCCCAAGUAUACAAGAGCAUCGACAGUUUAAUAUAGAGAAACUGUGGCUACAAACUAAGUGCCCACUGCUCACCAGCCUUCUGGACCAGUUUAACCACCAUGGAGCUUCUCAAUGUACAACACAAUACAAACCUCACCUGCAUGAACUGACGCUCCUGAUGAUAUGGGUGCAUUUGUAAUCCCACAUAUUGCUUGUCUUACUU